UUCGGUUGUCAAAAAAGAUGAUACUGUUUCCUUUUAAUCAAGUAUAAAAUAAAAAAUUGGUAAUUAUGCGUAAAUUUUUAAUGCUUCUCUGUUUAAUUUUUAAUGGAUUCGCUCAAUUAUUUGCUGUUAAUCACUGGAUAGUUACCCAGACAGGAAAAAUACAAGCCUACCUGGAAUCGCCGUUUGACUUGCGAAGACCUCAUGACCUGUUGGCUUUGUUAGAUCAAGAAAACAGAAGAAACGAUAUAAAUGAUCUCCACGAGGAUCUAAUCAAACGCAAAAUUUCUAUCGAAAGUAAAUGGGUGGAUAUAGAGAAAAACUCUGAUAUUGGCGUUAAAGUAACGUCGGAAGACGUGGAUUGUCUUGCUGCUGAUAAAUUCUUUUCUGAGUUAGAUUUGUACAAUAACAUUGCUACGAAUGGUUCAGAACGGGGAGUUCAAAUUUCUAUACCUAAAAAGAUUAACUCAGAUAAAAAGUCAAAUGAUAAAGAACAACUUGUUCCACUCUGUAUAAAUUUUACCAAUAUAAAAAAGUCGGAAUCGUUAGUGAACAAAACUAAUAUAGCUAUCAAACCGGAAGAAGCUUUAAGGAAGACUUUUUUGCCUGUUAAGUCGUUGGAUCAUUUUGGAAAUUAUUUGGUAUCGUCUUUGCAAAAGAAUUCAACUUCAUGGGUCCAUUACAAUUUAGCCUCGUUCUAUUGGAGAAUAAAGGGUGAAGGUGAUAAAGCAAUCGACUGUUUGAAACUAGCCAUUCAAUUUGUUACAGGGAAUUUUCAAGAUAUACCACUACACAACCUGGCAGGUAUACUGCAUCAAUCUCAUCAUUCCAAAGAAGCUACUCAAAUUUUAAACAGUGCAAUUCAGUUGGCUCCCAAGCAAAACAUUCAUUAUUUUGCUAUGGGCAAUAUCUACGCUUCAAUGAGGGAUUUCAACAAGUCAGUCAUGUUUUAUGAUAAACUUUUGGAACUGCAGCCAUCAAAUAAAGAUGCAGCCAAUAACAGGCAUGCCGUUUUGUGUUAUUAUAAACUGGAAAAAGCUCUUACCUCAUUUCAAAGCGAUUUACAAAGCAUUUUAACUGCUCUUCACGACUACCACAGCAUUCAACAGCAAUGGCUGCGUCUUCAAGAACGGCUUAUGUGGGAGCAUGCUUCAUUUGACUUGCAUUAUGAUACAGCUCCCGAAAUGCUGCAAGCACCUAAAAAAAUCCAGAGGUGUAUUAAGAAAACUAUUGGCGAUAAACCGAUUAUUUCAUGCGAUUUCUACGAAAAAUCACCCGAUGUAGGCACUCUAAAUCUGCAAAACCUGUAUCAGAUUGUGGAGAAUGAAAAACACAAAUUGCACGCAAGCAAUAACAAUUUUAAUUUAAAUAAACAGGAAGGGAAGAAAGAUUCAAAAGAAAAGGGUUUUGACAUGGUUUAUGCCAAGUUUCCCACAACAAUGUCAACAAAAGGCAACCAGUACUUUGAUGUUACUGGGUGGCCAGAGAAAGAAGAGUGCACACAAUGGAAUUUACCUCUGGAAGAAAAAGAUAAUUUUAAUUUACCCGUAUUUUUACCACCAGAAAAUAAAGGAUACCAGUUAAAACAAGCUCUUUCCGAGUAUUUAGGUCUUUCUGAGGGCGCUCAACAUGAUCUUCCAUGGUAUCCACCUGUUUGCGAAGGUCAGAAUGUCAAUGGGGAGAAAUUUAUUCCAGCUGCUGAAAAAUAUGUGUUGGAUAUCGAAAUGAAGGGAGAUGAGUAUUUAAAAGCGGAGUUAUUGAGAUAUGUCAACAAUGGGAAGGCGGAUGAGCAUGAGAUUGGGCAGAGAAUAAUUAGUGCAAUGAACAAGAAAACUUCUCCAAAGUGGGUGUUGGCCACUUUAGCAGGCUUAUAUUGGCGUGUAAGAGGGAAUCUUAGAAAAACUUUGGAUUGUCUUGAAAUGGCGUUCCAGAGGGCUCCUAAGGACCAAACUGAUGUAGUUUUGGUGUCGCUAAGCUCUGUCAUGAACCAAAUGGGAUUUAAGGACCAAGCAUUAAAGUACGCUACCCUGGCUUUCAAAAUCAACUACGUCGAGCCCAGUACAAAUUUUCUCCUAGCGCUUUUACACUACGAAAGUAGCAAUCCCUUGCUAGCGAUGUAUUAUAUGAAAAACGCCCUCAGAGUCGAGCCUGGCUAUUACGACGGUCUUGCCGAAAAACUCCUGAAGGUUUGGGCUUGCAGGAUCAAACUAGGGUCGGGACCGAAAAUGGCAAAGUCUUCGCCAGACUCAAAAAUCUCGUCUUGCUCUAACCGUCGCUCAUUCAAAGAGGGAUCUGGAUUUGGGGAAUUGCCGGAUUCUGAAAAAAUAAACUUUCAUUGUCCCGAUAAAGAGCAGCAACACACUGUAGAUCCCCCUAUAACAGACAACGAUCAACAGAUUUGUGGUGGCAAAUAUCAGCCUAUGACUUUUGGGCAGCAAAUAAUAAGUUCUCUGAUGGCUGCUGAAAAUUCGGAUGUCUUGACUGAACUCUCACGUCUUGAGAAAAUCAAAGCUUCGCAGAGCGGGUUUAGAUACCAUCAAAUACACCAUCGGGUUCAAGUUGGGUUGUCUCUGGGAGCUGAACAUCCUCUAAGAGAAUAUUCGAAAAUGGCAGAUUUUUUUGUAUCUUUGGACAUAAAUGAAAAUCCUGACAAUGAACAAAGGCUUAAUGUUUAUGACAAAUAUGGUACAUAUACUCUGUCGCCAAAGGUCUGUCAAUAUGCGAAUCUGCUGGCUCCGUUUCAAUAUACACAGUUGUGGGAGUUUAUGAAAGAUAAUAUUAUAGAUAUUUCUCCGUUUGUCAAGUACCCUAUUGACAAAAACCCGAAAGAUUUCAAGCCAUACUGCAUGCAAGUGCUCAAUCCAAGUAUGCCCUCUGGUCUUAACGAAUUGACAUUAAAAGUAUUGGGUGUCAAAAUAUUAAACGGGCCGGACAAGGAGCUGACCGAUUUGUUACAAUUAAUCUGUGGAAAUCAGAAAUCUACUGUCAGAGAGCUGGGGAUCAAGAUUGCCAAAGCUUUAUCAGAGGAUGAGACAAACUGGGAGCUGUUAACAGCUUCAGCCAUUUACUGGAUGACAUAUGGCAACACCGAACAAGCUGUCGUCUGUCUGAGAGGAGCCAUUACGAAAGUACCUAAUUCUCAUCUAGAUAUUCCUUUGUCGUUCCUUAGUAAUCUAUUGCAAAACCUGGGAUUGCACAAAGAUGCAUUGGAUAUAGCCAACCUUGCGUUAAACAUCAAUUCCGAGGCUGUCUGGAACCAUUAUAUGGUUGCUGAAAUUUAUAUCAAGGUGAAUGGAUAUGAUCAAGCGAUUCCAUUCUUGAGGUCCAGUCUUCAACUCAACGACAAGUUCGAUCCGGCUAGGAUCAGAUUAAAGGCAGUUUUGUGCAAGCUGUUGUUUGAAGAUAGACCCAAUCAGGGUCUCAUAAAAGCGAAAAUAGUCGAAGACUAUUUUAAAAAUUAAAAUUUGAUGUUGUAUCUCCUCGUACGAAUUUAAAAUUUAUUGUCAAUGUCAAUUAUUAUUUAUUCUUUGACUCUAAAUGUUAGUUUUAUUUUUUUAUCAAAUGUACCCUGUCAUAUUGGCAAAAUGGGCCGAAUAUUUAUUGUAUUAUAAAUAAAAUGAAAAAUAAAUGUUGAUAUAUGUCUA